AUGUCUGCCCCUUUGGGUACCAUUCGAGAGGCGUUCCUACAGCCUGAACGCUCCAUCAAUGUGACGAAGCUACCGUUUGCCCAGCAGGAACUGCAAAGUAUUCUCAAUGCCUACGCCCAAUAUACUCGCAAGGGCCCCUUCACCAUCCAGGAUCUUCGAGAGGUGAUUUAUAGCUCGGUAGUCACCCAAGAGCAGAUUCCUGUCAGCCGAGCUCUGUCCCACACCCUGUGGCCCUACAAUCGAGCCCCGGUCUUCAUCAUCGAGGACGACGACAUUGCCAAGGAUAUGGAAUAUAUUCGACUCCUUACUGGUCCUCUCCGCCCAGGCGAGUACAUUGCUUGUGGGGUCCAGGCAAUUAGUCCUCAGAAUGAUCCAAGCCUUCCUCUCAUGAUUCCCACCACUGUCAUUUCUCGAAGAAUAGCUCAACUUCGAUUUGCCAUCAGCCGCAGAGACUACAAAAUGGACUGGAUUAAUGAAGAAGAUGGCUACCUUUGCCUCAUGAAGGCCAUGAAUGCUCCUUGGAAAGCCAUUUCCAUCGCACUUGGACGCAGCAUCGGCGAGCUGAAGGUCCGCUUCGAAUACCUCAAGUACCAGGGCGAGAACGGUGGUCUAACCCCCAAUAUCCUGGCGAAGCAGUACGACGAGGACCUGAAGCGCGAGAAGAAGUUCAAGAAACGCCAGGUUACCCAGGCAAUCAAAAAGGCCAAGCUGGAGGCCAUCAUGGAGGAAUGGUACCCCGGCGCCGUCCACGCUGCGGAGAACGUCCGCAAGCUCAAGGCCAAAAAGGCUAUCGAGAAAGCUAUCGCAAAAGCCGCGCCCAAGGAGAGCCAGCAGUCUAGCUCUAGCUCCACCGCCAAAGAGCCAAAGGGUAAAGGCAUCGCGACAGAGAACGACAACCGCGCUUCCGGCUCCAAAGCCGCGAAGAGAGCCAAGAAGGCGAAGAAGCUGAAGAAGCUCUACACGACGGCCUUCUCGUCUAGCUCGGAGUCCAGCUCAAGCUCUAGCUCUAGCUCUGCCUCGUCUUCGUACGUCCAGCCCGCUCAUCAUCAGAGGCCCCUCGAGUUCCUCGACGUUCUCAACGCGAUUUACACCGACCAGAAGAAGCUCAAGCCCGACCAGUUCUGGAGCGAGCGCGACUGCAAGAUGCUCGCCAUCGCGGAGGCGCGAUUGCGCGCCGACAAGUGGCUCUACCUCCAGACGGAGUUCGCUAGUCUCUCUGGACGCUGGGUUGAUUGGCGGGUCUUGAAGGCCAAGUUUGAGGAGGAUGACGAGGACGAGGACGAAGACAGCUACGAUGAAGAUGAAGAUGAUGACUACGAGGACGAAGAUGAAGAGGAAGAGGAAGAGGAAGAGGAAGAGGAAGAAGAGGAAGAAGAUGAAGAUGAAGACGAGGAGGAUGAAGAUGAUGAGGAAGACGACGAAGAAGAUGAUGAGGAAGAGGAAGAGGAAAACGCAAAUGAAGACGAUGACGAAGCCAAGGAAUAUGACGACGACGAAGACGAUAUGCUUUUCGCCUAAGGAAUAAGUUGAUGGAAAACUACAUUGUGAUAUCACGAUAUCGCGAGGCUGGUUUGGGCUGUGGUUGUAGCAUGGCAGAAGUCAUGAUACCUCCUCCCAUAACGAAUAACGAAGAAGAUGAAUGACGAAGGAUCGGAUAGGCUUGCGCAAAGAAUGCGCUGCAUCACGGACUCAACGAUGAAGUGUUUACACCGCGCCAGAGUAGGCGCUCAUCGGAUGUUUCCCUGUUUUUCUUUUUCCCAAAUCUCAUACGAGAUACCCCUACACCCACGUAAUUGUAACCCCCAACUUGUUUUCUCUUUUACCCCUUCUCUUUUUAUGGCACACCCGCAGGCUAUGACCCAUAGGGAGGAUAAAGAAGUUCAGAGCUGUUUCGCCCGGAAAG